UGCCUGGCGCUAGCCCCGCCUCCUCUGACGUGCGCGCGCUCGGUACUGUCUGGUAGUUCCAGGUUCACACACUCGGUUCUGAUCCGUUGCUCCUUGCUUAAUCGGUUUACGCCACGGAUUCACGCUGCGUGUUUGUAAUCGGAGCAACUACGGAGAGCGUGCAAGUUCCGAAGGUUCCGGGAUGGCCGCCAUUUUGUGAAGAGCGAGACCAGGUUGGGGUAACACUGCCGCUGCCCCCGGGCCUGUGACCCCCGCCCCCCCAGGAGGAACAGGUUGGGGGCGGGGGAAGGGGGUUGUGAUUGUGCUUCUGGGAAGUGCCUCACUGACAGGAAAAAUCGACGGAUUCCCAUGGGAGGAUUGUCUCCCUGAAUGCACAGCAACAAUCUGGUGCGCAUCAUGGAUGAGCAGCAGGCUCUAAACUCGAUUAUGCAGGAUCUGGCUGUUCUGCACAAAGCCAGCAGGCCUGCCUUUUCCCUGCAUGCACCUGGCAGCUCAAAGUCUCCAAAAAAACAGCAGAAUGCUGUUCGUGUCAAAUUUGAACACAGAGGGGAGAAGAGAAUCCUUCAGUUCUCCCGACCAGUCCUACUGGAAGAUCUUUACGCUAAGGCCAAAGUUGCAUUUGGGCAGUGCAUGGAUUUGCAUUACAGCAAUAAUGAGCUGGUCAUUCCACUGAAAACACAGGAUGAUUUGGACAAGGCUGUUGAGUUGCUGGACAGAAGUGUUCACUUGAAGAGCCUUAAAAUCCUGCUUGUACUGCAUGGUCACACAGAGAUUCCCAUCCCGUGUGAUAUGGAACACAUGCCCUCACUGGAAGAUUUGGAUAAUUCAGUAUUUGCAAACUUGGACAAGAAAAAUAAGACAUCAGGUAUUGGUUCUCAGACCAGGGACAGUAGUUCCCCACCCCCAGGGUACAUUCCAGAAGAUUUGCAUCAGGUUGUGCGCAAUGGAUCGUUUACAAGUAUCAACAGUGAAGGUGAAUUUAUUCCUGAAAGCAUGGACCAAAUGCUUGACCCCUUGUCCCUCAGUAGCCCUGAAAACUCAGGAUCUGGAAGCUGCCCGUCGCUUGAUAGUCCCUUAGAUGGAGACAGCUACUCAAAGUCCCGCAUGCCUAGAGCUCAGAGCUAUCCCGACAAUCACCAGGAGUUUUUAGAAUAUGACAUUCCAGUGUUUGAAAAAUUUGGGAAAGGAGGGACCUACCCACGAAGGUACCAUGUGUCUUAUCAUCAUCAGGAUUAUAAUGAUGGGCGUAAAACCUUUCCAAGGGCCAGAAGAACUCAGGGUAACAGCUUACGGUCGCCUGUCAGUUUCAGCCCUACUGACCACUCGCUUAGCACUAGCAGCGGGAGCAGUGUCUUCACCCCAGAAUAUGAUGACAACCGUCUGAGGAGAAGGGGAAGCGACAUAGACAAUCCAACCCUGUCUGUUAUGGAUAUCAGUCCACCCAGUAGAUCUCCCCGUGCACCAUCGAACUGGAGGCUUGGAAAGCUGCUGGGCCAGGGUGCUUUUGGCAGAGUUUACCUGUGCUAUGAUGCAGACACUGGUCGAGAACUGGCUGUUAAACAAGUGCAGUUUGACCCUGACAGUCCAGAAACGAGUAAGGAGGUGAAUGCACUGGAGUGCGAAAUUCAACUGCUAAAAAACCUUUUGCAUGAAAGAAUUGUACAGUAUUAUGGUUGUCUGAGAGAUUCACAGGAGAAGACGCUGUCCAUAUUCAUGGAAUACAUGCCAGGGGGAUCUAUAAAGGACCAGCUUAAAGCUUAUGGAGCACUUACCGAAUCUGUGACACGGAAAUAUACAAGGCAGAUCCUGGAGGGUGUUCAUUAUUUGCACAGUAACAUGAUUGUACACAGGGAUAUUAAAGGAGCCAAUAUCCUUCGCAACUCUUCGGGCAAUGUAAAGCUGGGAGACUUUGGUGCCAGUAAGCGGCUGCAGACUAUCUGUCUCUCUGGCACUGGGAUGAAAUCAGUCACUGGGACCCCUUACUGGAUGAGCCCAGAAGUCAUCAGCGGAGAAGGUUACGGUCGGAAAGCAGAUAUUUGGAGUGUGGGAUGCACCGUUGUUGAAAUGUUGACUGAGAAGCCACCAUGGGCCGAAUUUGAAGCCAUGGCUGCAAUCUUUAAAAUUGCCACCCAGCCCACCAACCCACAGCUGCCGGCACAUGUUUCAGAAUAUUGUCGGGAUUUCCUCAAAAGGAUUUUCGUAGAAGCCAAAUCGAGACCCUCGACAGAGGAACUCUUGCGGCACACGUUUGCCCAGUAUCACUAACGGCUUCCCUUGAUUCAGCUCUUCCGUUGCUGCUUUCCUUUACUUCCAAAGGUGAUGGCACUUUAUUCAAACAGCAGAAUGACAAGAGAGGUCUGUGCAAUUCUCUCGAUAACCCCCUUCCUUCUGGGAGAGCUGAAUAGACUUGGUUUAGUUUUGAGUUUUUGAUGAGGACAUUGUUUGGAACUUUAUACAAGGUACUAAUUUGACUCUCCCAGACAAAGCACUUUAUUGCAUUUUCAUUCUUGGAUGAAUAAAUGGUAGUGAAGGAUGUCUACCUACACAAGGCAGCUCCAUUUAUCUCCAAGCACCUGGUUUGGUCGACGCUGGGGGAACAGAACUGUUUUUGUUUUUUUUGUAAAUCAAAUAUUCAGUCUGAUCUUCUUAAGUUAUGACCCUAAACCUGUCAUGAGUAAUCUGGAAUCCUCGUGCUACAUGACUGCUGUUCAAGAAAACAAGCCAAGAAAAACCUGGGCCUCAGGACUCUAAAAAUCCCUCUUAAAGUUUUAUACCCGAAAUUCGACUAAAUGUACAGUAUGAAGCACGUCACUCAGACAAAAAGAAGAAAUGGUUUUAAACUGAAGCAUCCUUGUUACUCUGUCAGAUUUAAUGCUAUAUAAAAGAGAGCAAGAUUAUAAUUUAUAAUACAAAGUAAUUACUGUAGGGAACAAAUAUGUGUGUAUAUGAGAGAUAAACUUGAAUAUAUAUAUACACGGUACUUUACUAGUUCUCCCGGUGGUGCAAGCUGAGUCAAAUUUUAGCUUCUUUGUCCUUAAGUUUGUGACAAAAGUCCAUAGAGGGAAGGCUGUAAAGAUACCAAUGUCCCAUUAUUUGUUAUAAGCCAAGAGGAGUGAUUUACCCUAUGCUGCCUUUACUGAUAUAAUUAGAUAUACGAUAGUUAUGCCCUGAUGGCAAAGUUUUUUUUUGGACAAAAAUAAUGUGUAUUUAUUUUUGUCAUUUUUUUUAAUUUGUUUAUAUUGCCACCACAUUGUCAUAUGAAGUGGGUAGCGUUAAAUAUAUUUGAGGAUUAUUUGUUAAUUUAUUGAGUAAAACCAUCAUGCAUGGUUUGUGAUCAA